AUGUCAAAUGCAGAUAGUGGUUCUGAUUCAGAUGACCUAUUACCACCAUCUAAGACAAUGAAGGGUGGUUAUCAGGGGGCCAAAAGGUUGGUAAAGAGAAGGAGAAGUCUGAUUUCUGAAGAUGAGAUGGAUUUGAUAGAUACUGGGUAUUUAAAAGAUACACGUAAGAUAAACGAUCAAUUGAUCCAACAUGCCUUGGAGAAGCAAGCAACUCCAGUGGUUGAUACAAGGGCUAUGGUGACUUUAGAAGAAUUGAAUAAUAAUGGUGCCCACAAAGAGUUCAAAGAAUCUGAUGAAGAAGUUGAAAAUAUCUUGAAACAUGGAGCUCCUCGGUUUCUAUUUGUUUAUAGAGAUUUGAAACUCGAACCACCAGAACAGAAUUCAUCUUCUGAACAAUGGUGGAGUUCUCUUGAUGGUGCGGUGCUCAAAAAUCAUAUUAGAAGACGGAAGACUAAAACUUUUGUACCUAUUGGUGAAACCUUCGAUAUAGGAAUGAUCAAAGGUUUCCAACCAGUUUUGAAGUACAACCACUAUAAUUCUACUAGUGAAGUGAAUAUACUCCGAACUACGAUCUUCAUUCUAGAUAAAUUACAAUAUGGACCUGUGGAUGAUGGGUUAUAUGAUAUAUUUUGUUGGACUUUAUGUGAUUAUAAUCUUAAUCGGUACUGUCAUGAACUUUUAGUGGAAUUCUCCAAAUUCUUUACUCAAAUUUAUGCUAAAUGCCCUAAAAAUAUCGGUGAUGUGGUCAAUAGUUGGAAGUUAAAGUAUUAUUACGAGACCAAUGAAUCUGAUAAUCCACGAUCUGACCUCAAACAUAUCAAAUAUGAGUUAUGGUACCAUAUUUUGAAUAUAUUGAACCUCCACCCAAGUCCUGAGACCAAAAUUUCCAUCAUUUAUUUCAUAGACGUCACAGAUUUAAGAGAUUUCUUUACAUUGAAACCUUCACUUGAAACUGUACAUAAAACACAUAUGGAUCUCAGAUUAUUACCCUUCGUUCUCACCCACAAGGAUAUAAACACUAAUGACAUCUUCAAGUUGAAGAAGAAGUACCAAGAACUCAUGAGUAGAGUGACAUUUGGUGAUAAAUCUAACGAAACCAAACAAGAUCUUCUUAAAAUGUUACAUGAAGAUUAUUUAUAUUUGAAUUAUUAUGAAAUCAAAUUCAAACAGUACCAAGAUCCCACUACUAGUUACGAUUAUUAA